AUGGAUUCCAUAUUCUCCGGAUCAUAUUUAAUAAGUCUACCAAAAACUACACCAGAAGGAUACAGAGUAUUGCUUUACUCGGUCAAAGACAAUGACCCCACAAAAAUGGUUUUUAGUGACUGCAUCAAAGCUUUUUGUAUGUACAAUGACAUCAUUUUGUCCGAAGAUGGUCUGCAAGAAGGAUACAUCGUAGUUUUCGACAUGAAAGGAGUUCAGUUAGGACAUUUGGCCAGGGUUAGCUUACCAGCGUUGAGGUGUUUCAUGCUGUACAUUCAGGAGGCACAUCCAUGUAGACUCAAAGCCAUACAUGUUUUAAAUACCGCUUCAUGGAUUCAUCACGUUAUGAGACUCAUCGUACCACUACUGAAAUCUGAACUUCUGAGCUUGAUAAAAUUUCAUACAGGUAAUAUUCCAGAAAACUUUCCUACUGAACUUUUGCCCGCAGAGUAUGGUGGUGAAGCUGCAACCAUGAAGGAAUUUGAAAAAGAGACAGAGUUCCUGCUCGGAAAAUAUCACCAUUGGCUAAUAGAGUCCUCAGAAUUCAAGAGUGACGAGUCUAAAAGAGAGAAAAAGGCAUCUUGGUGGGGACUUUUCAACAGUAGCAAUAAAAGUAACGAAAUGGAUGAGAAAACGGUUCUGAAAAAUUUACAGAUAGAUUGAUGAUGGCGGCGGUUUAUUUUGUUAUAUUAUUAUGUAUAUAGUCCAGGUUGUGAAUUAUUUUGGUUAUUUCGUGUCGCGUGCAACUUUGUUCAAUGGGUAUUUUAAUAGAAUAUUGAAUAAUAAAAUGAGUUUAUACGAUGUCAUAAGGUUUGUUAGUUCAAGAAGUUGAACCAAACUUUUGAUACUUAUAAUAAAAUAUAAUAGUAAGGAUGUCACA